AUGAACAGCUUCAAUCUCUUAAUAUCUGCAAUUUCAUUGCUUUCAUUGGAGACCAUUGAUGUAGAGGGUUAUUUGGGUAUGAAUUGGGGAAGGUUGGCAACACAAAGAAUGAUACCAUCCAUGGUGGUUGACUUAUUGAUGCAAAACAAGAUCAAUUACGUGAAGCUUUACAGUGCAAGUGACAAUGUCUUGGAAGCCUUUUCAGUGACUGACAUUGGACUAGAAGUCACAAUGCCUAAUGUAUAUACACAGAAGCUGAAAAAUCAAGCUGAUGUGAACGACUGGGUGGUUCAGAUUAUUGUAAGGCAUCCCAAUGUCCAUUACAUAUUAGAUAUGAAGGGAUCUUGUUCAAAGGAGGAAGAUGGUUUGCAAGUUUUGAGCGACUUGUCAAACAAGGAAGCUAUUCAGGUAUUGGAUUGGACACAAAGAGCUCUUAAUUUAAUGAAUAAAAGUGAAAUUAAAGCAACAAUGAGUCAUUUCACUGACGUCCUCAUCCCUAUAAAGAAACCAUCAGAGGGUGCUUUCAGAGCAGAUUUAGAGCCAAACAUGACUAGGUCUUGUCAGAUUCUGCAGAGCUAUAAUGCUCCAAUUGGACUAGAUGUUUUCCCACUCCUGAGUGUUAAUGAUCUGUUCAACGGUGACACCGAAUUUGCAUUUUUUGAGAACAACUCCACCUCAGUUUUCAAAGACGGGGACAAGACUUACUCCAAUGUUUUUGAGGUUAUGUAUGAUAUGUUCGAUGUUGCAUUAGAAAAAGUGGGGUGUCCAAACAUGACAAUCAUUAUAGAUGCAAUUGGAUGGCCAACAUAUGGAAUAAAAGAUGGGAACAUCCCAAAUGCACAGAGAUUCCAUCAGGGCUUAGCUAAAUUUGUAGCAAGUAAGAAAGGAACUCCUCAAUGUCCUAGUCCAAUUGAUGUCUACAUCCGUAAUUUGUCUAAUGAAAAUAAGAUAAACAAGAGUACCGGAUCCUUCAAGCGACACUGGGGCAUCUACAAAUUUGAUGGACAGCCUAAGUUUAACUUUGAUGUACAGGGGCUUGGGCGUGAUGUGAAGUUAGUACCAACUGUAGGCAUUACACAUAUGCCUAAAAGGUGGUGCAUCAUCAACGGUGAUGUUGCAAAUGAUAUUAAUAAUACAAUAAGAGAAAAUUUUUUGGAUGCACAUGACAGUAUUGUAGAUUGCACAGCAAUGGAAGCUGGAGCGUCAUGUAGCAAUCUGACAGAAACACAGCAGCUUUCAUACGUUUUUAAUAUGGGCUUCCGGAAGGUAGCUCAAAAUGUGUACAACAAAUCGUGUUAUUACAACGGAUAUGGUAAGAUAGUCUCAGAUGAUCCUUCAACUCCAUCCUGCACAUUCCCUGUCGAAAUAUUAGCUACUGAGAUCCCUAAUUUUAAUGGAUACGCACGAAGCCUGGCUCAUGCUCUCAUGCCAUCAUCGAUAUCAUUGAUGAUUGCUGUUGUGCAGAUGUUGUUCAUGUGA